UGCCCAAUUAUCGCAGAGCAGUAGCGGUCUUCGGCCAUGCCUGCCGUCAGUAGGGGGGGAGUUUUGAUCUACGGCGAUGUCGUGGUUGCGCUUGUUUUCACGCAAUGCGCUUCCCGGCUGUACUCAUAAGUUCGAAUUUUACUAAUUGGAAUUUGAAGAUCAAAGAGUUGUUAUCCAACGGGAAAUGGAGAGAACUAAUUUCGCAGUUUCAGGAGAUGAAGAAGGCUGGAGUUCAAUCUACAGACCCUGCAGUGUUUCCUCCAAUUCUCAAAGCAUGCUUGAACUUCUCCUGCAAACAUGGAAAGUCCAUUCAUGCUUCUGUCAUCAAGCAAGGAUUUGUUUCUUUUGUUUCUAUUGGAAAUUCGAUUAUGGACUUCUACAUAAAAUCUGGAGACCUGGAUUCUGCGGUGAGUGCUUUUGAGUGUCUGAGAGGCAGAGAUUCAAUUUCUUGGAAUAUAAUGGUUCAUGGACACCUUGAUCGGGGUGUGGUAGGUCAAGGGCUGUGGUGGUUCAGUAAUGCUAGGGCUGCUGGGUUUGAGCCCAACAUUUCCACGUUGGUGCUAGUGAUUCAGGCAUGUAGCAGAGUUAGUGCUGAGCUUGAAGGACUAAAAUUACACUGCUACGUAAUUCAGAGUGGGUUUUGGGCUAGUUGUUCAGUCCAGAACUCAUUGUUGAGCAUGUAUGCUGAUGUUGACAUAGAUUGUGCACAUAAACUGUUCGAUGAAAUAUGUGACAAGGAUGUCAUCUCUUGGAGCGUGAUGAUUAGAAGCUAUGUGCAGAGUGGGGAAGCUGAAUCUGGUUUGCACAUGUUUAAAGAUAUGGUAUCGGUUGUUAGGAUUGAGCCCGAUGGAGUGACUAUGGUCGGUGUUCUUAAAGCCUGUGCUGAUUUAGUAAACAAGUCUAUGGGAAGAUUGCUUCAUGUAUUAGUUAUCCGUGGAGGUUUAGAUAGUGAUUUAUUUGUCCAAAAUUCUCUAAUUGAUAUGUACUCCAAAUGUAAUGAUUCUGAUUCUGCCAGUAAAGUUUUCGAGGAGAUGCCUCGAAAGAACAUUGUCUCAUGGAAUUCUGUAUUGUCUGGAUUUGUCCUCAAUGACAACUAUUCAGGUGCUUUAACACUGAUUCGUUCAAUGGCGAACGAAGGAGUUGAGUCAGAUGAGGUGACUCUUGUGAAUAUUCUUCAAACAUUCAAGCAUUUUGUGCACCCUACUCAGUGCAAGUCAGUCCACUGUGUAAUAGUGCGUCGCGGUUUUGAGUCCAAUGAGUUGCUGCUGAGUUCUUUGAUUGAUGCUUAUGCAAAGUGCUGUUUGAUUGAGCUUGCGUGGAGAACUUUUGUUAGGAUGAAGAGAAGGGAUACAGUUUCGUGGAGCACGAUGAUUGCAGGGUUCACAUUAUGUGGCAAGCCUGAUGAAGCAAUAGCUGUCUUCCAAGAGAUGAACCGGGAAAAAGUUAAGCCAAAUGCAGUUACCAUCAUAAACCUCCUCGAGGCUUGUUCUGUUUCAUCUGAACUGAAACGAUCAAAGUGGGCACAUGGGAUAGCAGUCAGAGAAUUUUUUGCAGAGGAAGUUUCUGUGGGCACUGCAAUUGUCGAUAUGUACUCGAAAUGUGGGGUGAUAGAAGCCUCAAAGAAGGCAUUUGACCUCAUUCCUAAGAAGAAUUUAGUGUCAUGGAGUGCCAUGAUAUCUGCAUAUGGCAUGAAUGGUCUUGCCCAUGAAGCCUUGCAUUUGCUUGCAGGAAUGGAACAACAUGGUGUGAAGCCAAAUUCAGUGACAGCUCUCUCAGUACUAUCUGCUUGUAGCCAUGGAGGUUUAGUUGAAGAGGGACUCUUCUUUUUUAAGUCAAUGGUUCAGGAUCAAAAAAUUGAGCCUUGCCUGGAACACUAUUCCUGCAUAAUAGACAUGUUGGCUCGGGCAGGGAAGCUGAACAAUGCAGCGGAAUUGAUCAGGCAGAUUCCCAAACCCUUCCAGGCUGCCUCACCUCUUUGGGGGGCACUCUUGAGUUCUUGUAGGAGCUAUAAGAAUAGCAUGCUCGGUGCUGAGGCUGUCUCUCACCUUAUUGAACUAGAACCUUUGAACCCUUCUAGCUACAUGCUUGCGUCCAGUAUCUAUGCAGCUGGUGGCUUGUGGGAUGAUGCAGCAAAGAUGAGAGGGCUAGUGAAGGAAAGAGGGUUAAAGGUUGUUGCAGGUUACAGCUUGGUCUAUGUUGAUAAUAAGGCUUGUAGAUUCAUUGCUGGAGAUAAGUCUCACCCACAGGCUAGUCAAUUAAGUACUAUGGUUGAGCAAUUGCAUAGUUGUAUGAAGAUCAACAAGAACAAUAACUUGGUUUGAGAAGAAUUCCUUUCUAAAAUUUGUGGGAUGAGGGAGCUUUCGGGUAGUGAUUCUAGUGAUGGAUUGUACUGGGCUACAGCCACCUCAGUUGGGCAUGCUCGGGUUAUUGUUGAUUGAAUUUUGGUGGAGUAGCAGAGAAGAAAAUUUCUGGAUCACAGAGACCUGGUGAGUGCUGAUUCAGUUUUCCAGAAUUCUGCUUCAUCUGGCAGACACCCGCUUGGAAUUCAAGGUGCCAAAGGCUUCCUGUCCAUUUCUCUAUGAGAUCUUAUAUUCUUAUGGCUGUACGUUCACCAUGGGUUUGUUAUCAAACUGACGCAGAAAUCGAAGAACUCAUUAAUUAGUUCUAAUAUACUGAUCCAAAAGAGAGAGGUAGCUGGAGGAGCCAGUUUUGCAAUUCAAGUAUCAUGAUCCUCAACACGAUGAGAAUAAAAUUUAUGAGUUAAAAAGACAUGAACUUGUCCAACUCACUUUGGAGAGGAGGAUCCUUAAUCUAACUCUCAAAAUAAAAUAUGGUUGC